UCAACACAUUGGGAUCAACAGCUUCUGGCAAAUUUUAACCAUGACGCUGUGGGUGGUGACUCUGUUGACGGUCAUCGUCACUCUGGUCAGCGCACAAGAGCUGCUGAAAAAUUCCGGAUUUGAGACCUUGUCUGACUGGAACUGUUGGUCAAUCCACUGUGAGCUGACCACUGACCAUCACGUAGGAAGCCAUGCACUGAAAGUUACACAGAGGAAGUUAUACUACCAAGGUCCAAGCCAGACGGUCCCUACUGUAGCAGGACGGGUGUAUCACUUGGAGGCCUGGGUGAAAAUGAUCAAUGACAAUAGUAACAUUCAGCAUAUUGAGAUUGCAGUGGACCAUCAGCUUCAGAAUGGUCACCAUAGUUACGAUACGAUAUCCUCGCGAAUUCCCGUCUCCAUAAAGACUGGUUGGAUACAUCUGUCUGGAGAAAUGGCGGUUCCGCAUGAGAUGAAGACCAGUCGGAUCUACUUCCAGGGCCCUGAACCUGGCCUUGGUUUUCUCGUUGACGACGCUUCCAUGACAGAGAUCCACGUCAACAACAACAACUGGGUGGCCGAGGCAAACGCCAGGAUAGACAAAAUACGGAAAAGUAACAUUCACGUCAAGGUUACUAGAGACAGUGGCGUGGAUGCAAAUUCUAUUACCGUUGAAAUCAAGCAGAAAAGACACUCGUUUCCCUUCGGCUCGACAGUCGUUGCCUGGUUGAUGAAUAAAAACAACAGUGGAUCUGAUCAGAAAUAUCGUCAAUUUAUCUUCGACAAUUACAACUGGGCAGUGUUAGAAAACGCCCUGAAAUGGCCACAACUAGAGAAAUCCCGUGGGCAUGUGGAUUACAGUGUAGCAGAAGCAGCUCUACGCAGGAUGAGAAGUCACGGGAUCAAAGUUCGAGGCACAACUUUGAUAUGGGGCGCACAGGAGCGGAACGUGCCCUCCUGGGUACUUCCCUUGCCUCUAAGCGAGAUUCAAGCGGAAGUUAACAAACACAUCCAGAACACCGUGACGCAUUUCAAGGACCUGGUAGAACAUUGGGACGUGAACAACGAGUUACUUCACGGUCAGUACUACGAGAACAAAUUCCACGACCUGGAUUAUAGCAAGAAGAUUUUCCGUCUGGUCCAUCAGUACGACCCGGAUGUCAAACUGUUCCUCAACGAUUAUGACGUCGUUGCUGGCGGAGGUCAUACGGAGGCUUACUUCACACAAGCUAAGGACUUCAAAGCAUCCAAUACAUACAUAGGUGGCCUUGGACUACAGUGUCAUUUUAAUUCACCACCGGUCCCCACGCUAAUGAAGUUACGCAAUUUACAUGGCCUCAAAGACUCGACAGACUUGCAGAAGCUGGAGUUCCGCUAUGGGCCACAGAACUGGAUGUGA